GAGAGCGCUGCGGGUCAAAGAACCGGCCAGGGACGGAACGGGAGCUUCGGGUGGGCAAGGCUGCGAUCGCCCAACAAGCCGAGGGGGAGUCGGGGGCUCUUAGCUCGAGUUCCGGCUUUGGGAGCAACGGAGAGCAGGCUAGACUCGCCGUGCCUUGCUCAGCUGGAGCCCACUGAGACACGGCGCCCCUUCUCCCGGGAGUUGGCCCCCGGGACUCGCGGGAGCGCAAGAAGCAGGACCCUUGCAAAGUGCUGAAGAAGUGAGCCCCUGCCCACCCAGGCUGCUGAGCCAGGGAGCCAUGGCAGGCCAUGGCUGCCUGGAGCUGGGGUUGUUCUGCUGGGUCUUGCUAGCUGUACCUGUGGGUCCCCAGCCUGCUUCCUCCGCAGUGCCACAGGCCCCUCUUACUACCCUGACCCCACCACCUCAGAGUGAGGCCUCUAUGCUGUCUCUCAACCUGGGACUUAACUUUAAAUUCCAUCUUCGGGGACCUGCUGCUGUCUGGGGGAGCCCUGUCACAGUGACUCAUGCUCUCUCCCCUGGACUGGGGCAGGGCUCUGAGGAAGAGGUGGAAGGUGAUCUGAAGACUGAUUCCCUUUGGGAACUGCUGGUGGGUUCCCCUGGGAACUACCUCCCAGAGUGGGGUUCUGCUGAAGGCAGCUUUACACCCUGGGCUUCCUCCCUGCCUUCUGAGUCCACACACCCCCUCUCAGGGCCCACGAAGAGGCCUACUGCUCCCUCUCAGCCUAGGAUGGGCACUGUGACCUGGGCCACGGCUCUGACAGCUACAGCACCUCCGACCAGCGCUCCCAGGCCACAUCAGAGUGAGCUUGAGCUGAAGUUUGAUGUGGCACUGAGAGCAGGGGCAGCUCCCACUCUCGCCCACCGGUCACUACCCCUGCUGCCCAGCCUGCGGGCCAGCCUAGCGGAGAUUGCUGGGCGCUUGGGACCUUUUGGGUUUUUUGGUACUACUCUGUCCCCUCUCCGGAACUUCUCAGGCCAGAGUUCCCCAGGCAUAACAGCACAUCCAAGCUCUGCUUCUGAAGUGUCGGAUUCUCCAGGGCUGUUUGGUACCACUUGGUCCCUACCCCCACCUCUCCCGGAAAGGAAGUUCUCAGGCCCAAGCCUGUUGGACUCAGUGGCCUCCCCAAGCUCUGCCUCAGUUGAGACGACACCAGUGCAACAUGACCCCACUGACUCUUCUGGUCUAGAUGAGCCCUCACCUGCCAGCUUCGGGAACCCUUCAGUACAGCCUGAAUGUGAGCCAGACUAUUGUAGUGAACCAGAGUUGCCCGAUGACUUGGGGCAGCCCCCUGCCUCCCCUCUGCCUCUCUUCUUCUUGACCCUGGAGGCCGACUGGGCAGAGGCCAAGGCCCGUUGGGGCCUGGCCUGGGAGGCCCAUGUUUAUGGGUCAGGAGCGCUCUUUGGCCUGGUGGCCCUGCUGGCUCUGUUGGCUUUGGCCCUCUUGCCCUGGCGUUGCCCGCCCGGCGCCCCCUGCCUGGCAUUGCUGGAUCUGCUGCUGCUUUCGGCGGGGACCACCAGAGCCUUCCCGCUCUUCUACGACGCUUACGGGCACCGUGACCGGCUGCCGACGCUUGCCUGGCUGCUGCUGCAGGACCUUCCGCUGCCCUGCCUAGCCGCUGGCCUGGGCCUGGCUUGCCUGCUCCUGGCCCGGCCACGCACGCCGAGGUGCCCCGCCGGCUUGGCGGCGUUGCUGCUGCUAGGGCUAGGGCUGUCAGCUGCGGCCGCCCUGGGGAGCGCCGUGCACCGCCCGCUGAGGCCGCUGAGGCUCGCCUCCCGCGGGCUGCAUGCCUUCCUCGCCACCUUCCUGUCCGGGCUCCUGCUGGCACUCUCUUGCUGGGGCGGCCGGCGGCGGCGGGCCGGAGCACCCCUGGGAGGGUCUGGCUUCAAAGGUGCUACGCCCGUCCCGCAAGUGCGCAGCCCCUUCGCCCCGCGGGAGUCUUGGAGGCGCGCAGCACGCACAGCCCCGGUGGCGGGUACAUUUGGGCUACUGAGCGGAGCCCUGCAGGGCUACGAGGUGCUUCAUGCCCUGGGAUACGGCAGCCAAGCCGGCUUGGAGGGGCCUUGGCCCUGGUGGGCUUUCCAGUUAGGUCUGCGUCUGGGCGAGGUGGGCGUCGCGCUCCCGUUAGCGCUGCUGGGGCUCUACCCCGCACUCUGCAGCCCGCGCGUGCCGCGGCGCUGCUGGGCCAAGCUCUUCCGCUUGUCUCCGGGACACGCUGCGCCGCUGCUGCCGGGAGGCUGGGUCCCUGGGACACGCGACAAGGAGCCCUUAGGGAGCGCGAUUGCGCGUGGGGACGCGGAGUUGCUGCAGCUAUGUGCCCUAGCGGGCCCAGGCCCCGACCUCCUACUCCAAGGUGGCGGCUGCCGGGGCUUCGAAGGUGCUGGGGCCAACCCAACGCAGUCACCAGCCUCCUCCCCUAGCAGCGAUUGUACCGUGGACUUCCGCCCGCCUUCGCCCAUCAACCUGCGGCGCAGCAUCGAGGAGGCUCUCUGCAGCGAGGCGCUGCUGGCUCCUGGUCUCUUUCAGGGGCCUGCCUUUGGAGAAGCCCUGCCUGGCCUCGGCCUCUACCGCACCAUCUCACUGGGGAACAAGACAGGAGCCGGACUCAGUAUGAGGUCGGAGAAGGUACCCGGAUCCCCAGCUCCUCCUGAGCUCCCCUCUUCCGGGGCUUGGCCUGCAGGUAGUAGCGCCUCAUCUGGCUCUCUGUGUGGACUCUCGCGGGAUAGCUCCUCCAUGCUUCUGUGUUCCAGCCCCGACCGGCCCUCGCGCUGUCCGCUAGUCUGUGUCCUCAGUCCCCCGCGGCCCUCAGGAAGCAGCCCCAGCCUCCCAGCCUCAGGAUCCUACCAGGCUCUAUCCCCACCUUCCCGCGACUCCCCUGAACAUGCUUCUGAGCUGCAGGCUGAGGAGGCAUUGCUGCGAGAGCAGUUCCUGGAUGCCUGCCGACAGAUUGACGAGCUGAGCGUGGGCAGCGACACCAUAGACCUGUGAUGAGGCGGCUAUCUCACAGCUAAGCCGUUUGCCCCUUUUCUGGCAUCUAAUCUGCCCAAGACCUGCACACUGUAAUAAUUCCCCACUUUUGCCUGGUUCAGAUACCACUCUCUGAUUGCUCCCCAUCCAGGGGCCUCUGGGUGGGUGGGUCGGCAGCCAGGCUCCGUGGAUUGGAAAUCAGUGCCAACUUCUUCAGAGUGGUGGGUGCUGAUGGCCCCAGCUGCAGUUUUACGCUGGCGAGGGGGAGGGGUCCCACUUUCCUUGGCCUUCACCAGCAAUAAAGCUCUAAGGUGCUCCACUCCUGACCACGCCCCACACACACCCCGAUGCCCAGUGAGACAGCUAUCCUCCGAAGACCUAACAUCCUAUCUGGGCUCCGUACUCACUCCUACCAACUCCUUUAUGGAACCAUUCCCCAAAGAUGGAUCUUUGGCCCAUCCAAAAGACUUUACAGCAGCUGGGUGGGAAAGGAGUGUUUUCAGGGUCAAUGUACCAAUAAAAUAUUUUCA